AUGUUGACACUGACUUGGACACUUGGCAUAUAGAAUCUCUAUAGUCGUGUUGUGGAGAAGUGACGGUAUCCAAAUCCAAUGUCGCAGUUAUAGCAAAAAGUGGUGGAAAAAGUUCAGCUCUUGUUGAUGAGUGGUGAGUCAUGGGGGCAGAAAACAGUGUCCUCGAAGGUUGUGAAUGGGGAGACCCAGUGCAAGCCCCUCCUAUAUUGCCAUGGCAACUGACUCCAGUUACAAAGCCAGAUGGCAGCGCAGCUUCGGUGUUUGAGCCAAAAAAUGCUGAAGGGAAAGAUGGAGAUUUGCUGCGAAAGGCUGCAUCGACUCUCAAAGGUAUCAGGCACCCAAAUGUCGUGCGCUUCAUCGAGUGUGGGGAUACGUCGGAGAGUUUCUGGUUGGCCACAGAGUCUGUUUCCCCGUUAAUGACGGCCGUACCGGACAUGAGCUCAGCAGAACUCUGUGCUGGCCUAUAUGAUUUACUUCAAGGCCUCGACUUCCUGCAUUCAAAAUUGGGUAUGUGCCAUAACAAUCUGUGUUUGUCGUCGGUGUACGUGGCGCCCGAUGGUGUCUGGAAACUGGGAGGCCUGGAGCACGCGUGUUCUUUCAAGCUGGCCACUCAAGACUACCUGGACAAAUGUCGAGCUUUCCGGGUCGAGGAUUCUCUCGCUCCGGAGGAAAAGGCUAGUAACGUGAAGGCUGACCCUGCCCUAGGACACGCCAGGGAUGUGUUUGCUUUUGGCGUUCUCGUGGAUGCCUUGAUGGACUUUGUCCUGGAAAAAGAUCAAACAAGUCAAAUGUUGGAGCAGCAACUGUCUCUGUGCGUGAAUUCUGACCCGACCUCCAGGCCAAAGGUCACGGCAUUGCUUGGCCUACCUGUGUUCCAGAAUGACUUGAUUGACAUUGUAGUUUUCCUGAAGAACAUCACACUGAAGAGCGACACAGAGAAAAAGCUGUUUUUCUGUAAUUUGCUGUCUCGGCUGCGUCAUUUCUCCGAGACUGUGAUAGUUCGUCGCCUGGUUCUGUUACUGUUGUCCAGAUUUGUCUUGCUGGACGAGUGGGCGGACAGAAUGGUGCUGCCCCAGCUCUUGAGGCCCCGUCUGGAUUCCAGCGAAGCUCCGCUGAAGUCGGCAGUCGAGACGGGUGUGCUGAGUGAGUCGAUGUUCCAGAGCCACGUGAUUGGUCACCUGUACAACGUGUUCCACGUUCACGACAGCCACAUACGUCUGGUGCUCCUCCAGCAUUUCCAGCACUACGUCCACCUCUUCUCGCGACAACAGCUCGAGGUCGACAUUUUUCUGCAGGUGCUGAUUGGGCUCCGCGACACAGACGACAAGAUGGUGUCUGCGAGUCUGCGCGCUCUCGCCGACCUCGUGCCGAUCCUGGGCGGGGACUUUGUCAUCGGUGGCUCCCGGAAACCUUUCUUCUUUCAUGGGCUGCCCAAGCAGGUGAGCCCCGAGGAGCUGCAACAAAUGGAAGUUCCCAAGAACCUCAACUCCAUCAUGUCUUCCCACAAACCCCUGCUCAAGGACCUGGCCUCCGGCGGAAAAAGUAAGCCAUAUACGGAGAUGGAGAAGGAGAAACAAAGCGCGGAGAGAGAGAGGAAGAACAGAGAACGGGAACAGCGGAGAGAGGAGGCGAGGCUGAAGAGGGAGGAGAGGAGGAGGAGGCUGAAGGAGAAGCAGCUGGAGGCCAAGGAAGGGGAUGUAGAGUUGCAGACGUCGGGGAAAGAAACUUUGUCUCAGAACGGUGUGGGUCCGCCCGAUUUCCUGACGAUAGAACAGAUGGCAAAGAUGGACGGGGACGACCAACAGCUGACCGCCUUGGAGAAAACAAAACUGGACGCAGACCUCGGCACAGACAGGUCAAAGGUCGCUGAUACAGACAGGUCGAAGGUUACUUAUACAGACAGGUCGAAGGUUACUGAUAGUGACAGGUCAAAGGUUGCGGAUAGUGAGGAUAAUGAUUGGUCGGACCUGGAGGAGCACAUAGACGACGAGAUUGAGGCAGAGCUCAGCAACAUGCCCAGCACGGUGGACGGGGGGAGCAAGGUUCAAACCUCGCCCAGUCCGUACCGGAGUCAUUCGCCCCCUUCUCCCCCUCCUGUCAAAGUGGACUGGUCCGAUAUCCCCGAAGCAGACAGAGGAAUGGGGGGACCUGUUCAUUCGGCUUUAGGGGGCCAAAAGGAUGGACCUUUACAAUUAGGCCACAGCCUUGGGAAUGUUAAAAAUAGUUUGUCGAGGUCGGAGUCGGAUUGGGGCGCGGAGCAGAGGUCGCCGAGUGCGGUGGACGCGGGGGAUUGGGGCGACGACUCAUGGGGAGACAGCAACACGCCCAGUCCCGUGCAUGCCCAGAGCGGCUCUUCCCCACCGCCGGCCACCUCCAACAAACAAAGCAAAAGUCUCAAGCUUGUCUCAGCAGCAAAGUCGAACAAAUCAAAAACGAAGACGUCGUCUGCCGCCACCAGCGCUGCCUCUGCGGCCGGCGCGGGUAAAAAGCUGGCCAGCGAAGACGGGCUGGGAAUCGGGUACGACAUCAAAAGUAUCGAGAUUGUGACCAAGUCGGUCGUCGUGGAGACAGAUUUCUUUGCCGAUAUGGCGCCGGUGCUCCCGGAGAAGAGCUCUAAGGAAAUUGGCGGCUUUCCCGUCGGGGGAUCGUCUGUGGAGACUGGUAGUCCGUCGGUGCCCAAGACGAAGAUGUUUGCCGUAGCAGACGCAGCUGAAGAGGUGAGUGUGACGAUUUCUGCCGGAUUGUCUAGAAACUGUGACCUAGAAUUUUAA